GCAGCAGCAGGAGCCGAGCAGGAGCCGCGCAGCCGCCGCCGCCGCCGUGGGAUGUGGCCGGCGCCCGCCCCGAGCCGAGCCGCCUCCUGAGUACCCGCCGCCACCCGAGCCGCCGCCGCCGCCGCCGAGCCGUGCGGGGCCAGGCCGCGCCCUCCCCGGGCGCCCGCCGGCUCGCAUGCCGAGGGGCUCCGGGGCGUAGCUGCGCGCCCGGCGCCGCCUCCGGGCUCCUCCGGCCCCGCCAUGGGCUGCUGCAGCUCCGCCUCCUCCGCCGCGCAGAGCUCUAAACGAGAAUGGAAGCCACUGGAGGACCGUAGCUGUACAGACAUACCCUGGCUGCUGCUUUUUAUUCUCUUCUGCAUUGGAAUGGGAUUUAUUUGUGGCUUUUCAGUAGCAACAGGUGCAGCAGCGAGACUAGUGUCAGGAUACGACAGCUAUGGAAAUAUCUGUGGGCAGAAAAAUGCAAAGUUGGAAGCAAUACCAAACAGUGGCAUGGACCACACCCACCGGAAGUAUGUGUUCUUUUUGGAUCCAUGCAAUCUGGACUUGAUAAACCGGAAGAUCAAGUCCGUAGCGCUGUGUGUAACAGCAUGUCCACGACAAGAACUGAAAACCCUGAGUGAUGUUCAGAAGUUUGCAGAGAUAAAUGGCUCAGCACUGUGUAGCUACAACCUAAAGCCUUCUGAAUAUACCACAUCUUCAAAAGCUUCUGUUCUUUGCCCCAAACUACCAGUUCCAGCGAGUGCACCUAUUCCAUUCUUCCAUCGCUGUGCUCCUGUGAACAUUUCCUGCUAUGCCAAGUUUGCAGAGGCCCUGAUCACCUUUGUCAGUGACAAUAGUGUCUUACACAGGCUGAUUAGUGGAGUAAUGACCAGCAAAGAAAUUAUAUUGGGACUUUGCUUGUUAUCACUAGUUCUCUCCAUGAUUUUGAUGGUGAUAAUCAGGUAUAUAUCAAGAGUACUUGUGUGGAUCUUAACAAUUUUGGUCAUACUGGGUUCACUUGGUGGCACAGGUGUACUAUGGUGGCUGUAUGCAAAGCAAAGAAAGUCUCCCAAAGAAACAGUUAUUCCUGAACAGCUUCAGAUAGCUGAAGACAAUCUUCGGGCUCUCCUCAUCUAUGCCAUUUCAGCCACAGUAUUCACAGUUCUCUUGUUCCUGAUAAUGCUGGUUAUGCGCAAACGUGUCGCUCUCACCAUCGCCUUGUUCCACGUGGCUGGCAAGGUCUUCAUUCACUUGCCGCUACUAGUCUUCCAACCCUUUUGGACUUUCUUUGCUCUUGUCUUAUUUUGGGCAUACUGGAUCAUGACCCUUCUUUUUCUUGGCACCGCUGGCAGCGCUGUUCAGAAUGACCAAGGCUUUGUGGAGUUCAGAGUUUCUGGGCCUCUGCAGUAUAUGUGGUGGUACCAUGUGGUGGGCCUGAUUUGGAUCAGUGAAUUUAUUCUAGCAUGUCAGCAGAUGACUGUGGCAGGAGCUGUGGUAACCUACUAUUUUACCAGGGAUAAAAGGAAUCUGCCAUUUACACCUAUUUUAGCAUCAGUGAAUCGCCUUAUUCGUUAUCACCUUGGUACUGUGGCAAAAGGAUCUUUCAUUAUCACAUUAGUCAAAAUUCCACGAAUGAUCCUUAUGUACAUUCACAGUCAGCUCAAAGGAAAGGAGAAUGCUUGUGCUCGAUGUGUGCUGAAAUCUUGCAUUUGCUGCCUUUGGUGUCUUGAAAAGUGCCUAAAUUAUUUAAAUCAGAAUGCAUACACAGCCACAGCUAUCAACAGCACCAACUUCUGCACCUCCGCCAAGGACGCCUUUGUCAUUCUUGUGGAGAAUGCUUUACGAGUGGCUGCGAUCAACACAGUGGGGGAUUUCAUGUUAUUCCUAGGCAAGGUGCUGAUAGUCUGCAGCACGGGUUUGGCUGGGAUUAUGCUGCUCAACUACCAGCAAGAUUACACAGUAUGGGUGCUGCCUCUGAUCAUCGUCUGCCUCUUUGCUUUCCUAGUCGCUCAUUGCUUCCUGUCCAUUUACGAAAUGGUAGUGGAUGUAUUAUUCUUGUGUUUUGCCAUUGAUACAAAAUACAAUGAUGGGAGCCCUGGCAGAGAAUUCUAUAUGGAUAAAGUGCUGAUGGAGUUUGUGGAAAACAGUAGAAAAGCAAUGAAAGAAGCUGGUAAGGGAGGCGUUGCCGAUGCCAGAGAGCUAAAGCCGAUGGUAGGUGGAGAUGAGGAGGUGACCGCCCUCCAAGAAUUUCACUUUCACUUCCUCUCUCUCUCUGUUUUCACUGACUGCACUUCUUCAGGAGAAGCUUUUGUUGUCUGUAUCACACAGGAUGUGCUGCUCUUUCUGUUUGUGUGUUUACCCAUCACUUGGAUGGCAGAAUUCUUGUCACAACUGAGACCACCUUCUGUAAAAGUAAGCUGAAAGGAACAACAUCUGUCUCAGGGCUUAUCACGAAGCAGGGGCUAAUUUUUGUCCCUAAAGUAAAACGGCCAUUUCUGGUUUUGGGGGUUUUUUUCUUUUAAUUUUUAGCUGUAUAUGUUUGGUUUUCAAUGGAAUGAACAUUUGGUUGUACACUUGAAAUGACAGUUUGAUUUUUAUCAUUUUGAAAAGUGAUACUAGCAAUUCCUUUCAACUUGCUAAAAUUCACAUUCCCCACUUUUUUAAUAUUGGUUUGUUUCUGUUGCUGUCUUUUACCCUUUGCUGACUUUUUCUUCUGUUGCCUGGAUUGUACUUUCUUUGUUUCUUAAGCUGUUUUUCAGUAGCAAACAAGAUUACUCCAUCAACACUCACAUUCCCACUCAGUAAAACAACCUGGUCUUCUCUAACCUCAGCUUAAUUGUGAGAAAGGUCAAUGAUCUCUGGUCAGUGAUAUGUAUGUAUAUUCUAAGUACUCUACUUUCAUUUGGGGAAAAAAGGCAACUUAAUCAGUGUAAGAGAAUCCUGAGUUGCUUUUGCCACAGAUACUCUCACCUCUGCAUAAUGACAGAUAACCCUCACAUAUAUUUGUGUAAUUACUGCUUAUUUUGCAAAUGUAUUGUUAUUAAACAGCAUGUUAUCUAAAAAUAUUAUAUAACUGCCUACGUCCUGAAACAGCUAAUUUUAAAUAAUGUGCCUUCUGAUUGCACGUGAUGUCCCAAAGUGUGAGAUGAAGACUCCUCUUUCUUACUAAACUAUAAAGUUUAAUAAGUGGUUGAUUUCAUAGGUUUCCAACUUGCAUAAAACAAGCACGUUUAAGUAUAUAAGAGUAAAGGAAAUGGGUUUGUUUGAGGUUGGCUGGUGGGGAGGCCAUAUUUAUAUGCAAAAUAAUUGCAUAUUCAACCUAAAUUAAAACCUCAGCAGAAUGUUUAGAUAUAAAUUCUCUCCUCCGUAACCCCCUCCAGGGCCUAUUUUGGUGUUGCUGUUAAUAGCAUUAAUGAUUGUCAGAGUCAAAACUUCAAUGUUUAUUUCCCAAGGUACAGAUCACUCUAAUGGGAAGUCAAAGGAUGUAGAACUCUUAGUUUUAAGUGUGCACCAGCCAGAACUCCGUUGAGUGGGCAAGGGGCACCAUCAGCAAUCCCCCUGGUCUGACUUCUUGCCUUCUCUACCCCCCCUUUCUGUAUACCUCCUACUUGACCCUGGCCAAGGGGGACGGUAGUGAAGAUUCUGCCGACCCUCUGGUGGCAUGGUUAAAUGAGGAAGGCUUCCUUCUUGCCACUGUUUGUUUGUCAUACGUGUUCAGUAACUGGCUCCCAGUGUAACUUAAAAAGGUAAAAUAUAAAAUCUUUAAAAUGUGAACUACCUUUGCCCCCCUUUUUUGUCUUUCCAGUGAUUGACACUUCUAUUAAAUUGUCAGUCAUAAUCAUUUUUAAAAAGGGAGAAAUAUUUGGAGGUCUUGACUGGCUUAGUUUGACCAUGAAUUGGCACAUAUUUCUGCAUUAUCCUUUAGUGAAGGAUACAGUGUGGAAGACGAGAAUACAAGUAUGCUGACUCUUACCUAAACCUCUAAUUCGUAGGUAAUGAUAUAAGGAGAAAUCCCCAGGUUAUGUGGCAUUCUACCAGAAGCCAAAACUUUAGGAAGAUUUUUUCCCCCUAAUAUUGCUUUCAGUUUUAAAUUAAUGCCCCUUAACUGAAACACUGCUUUAAAAUCUUCAUUCAUUUUUUGCUUUUGUUUUAUGUUGCUCAUCAGCUCAUUGCUUGCAGAUUAAUGGUAAAACCCUCCACUAUGUUUCCAAAUAUAUCUUCUAUGUGCAUUGUGCUUCUGGUGUUUUGGACAUUAUAGCAUUUGGUCCCUAAGAAUGGUAUUUUUUUAUGCAGUUUAAAAACUUCCCGGGAGAGAAGCUGAGAUGUUGCUUACAGAGUAAAUAUUUUAAGUACAUCAGUACCUCUGAUUCUUAUCUCUCUUUUGCAUUAGAAUGGUAAGAGUUGACCCUGCUACCACUAUGCAUCUUGGAUGUGUCCCUAAAUAAUUCUCUGAGAGAUUCUUCGUUAAAACUUGGGGUUUGGUAGAAAUCAGGAUUGCUAACUUGUCUUUGCCUGAUUUAAUUCACAUGUUAUUCCCUUAGAUAAAAGUUCUGUAAAAGCGCCAUACCCAUUUAGCCGUAUCUGUACAAUCUGCUGUUAAGUUCACUUGUUUAUCUUCUUUCUUAAUCGGAUAUUUUAAUUUAGGGUUUACUUUUAGCCUAGAGAAUUAAUGUUCAGGAAAGUGAGGUUUUAAAUUUCCCUUUUGACGAGGGAUCAUUGAAUUAAAUAUAAGUACUUACAGUUUUCCUCUUGGACUUUUUUUUUUUUUUUUUUUUUUUUUUUUUUUUUGAGAAAGAGCCUCACUAGUUCAGGACACUCUGAAGGUCUGUGAGGUCGUCCUAUAAAUCUUUGAAAAUGAUUUUAGAAAGAUUUACCAAAUGUGAUGUUAUAGAAGUUUAAGAAAGAGAACUUCCGGCCAUCUGCUUCAACAGGAAAGAAUUUAUAGAGGAAAAGGAAAAAAAAAAAACCUGAACACUGUAACAACAUAGGCCAGAGAUGUAUUCUCUGCAUAUCUCAGAGAUUAUCCAGAAGGAAAUGUGACUUUCUUUAAAUUUUUGUUUUUUUAAUGUUUACUUACUUUUGAGACAGAGUGUGAGCAGGGAAAGGGCAGAGGGAGAGAAAGACACAGAAUCCAAAGUAGGCUCCAGGCUCCUAGCUGUCAGCACAGAGCCUAACAGGAGCUGGAACUCACAGAGCUGUGAGAUCAUGAGCUGAAGUCGCUUAACCGACUGAGCCACCCAGGUACCCCUGACUUUCAACAUUCAUAGGAAUUGCAGCCCCUGGAAUAUAGGUUCGCGCAAAAGGCUCUCAGUCCCAUUUUGCUUUGUGGCCGCUUGUGACCAUCUGUGUACUUGUAACAUCAUUCAUGACCUCCUUUUAAUGGUAAUUGUCUAAGAUUAUACUCUGUAUGACUUUGUU